AUGACAGCUGUACCGGAGGGGAGUAAACUGUCCUACAACUUCUUGGGGAGGUCUGGACUGAGGGUGGCCAACAUUGGCCUUGGCACGUUGACGUUUGGGGAAUCAGCGGCCAAGCGACCUGGUCAGGCCACGGAGGAGUUCUCCCACCAGAUGCUUGACCGCUACGUCCAAUGGGGAGGCAACUUCAUCGACACCGCCGACAUCUACUCACAGGGACUGUCUGAGAAGUUCAUCGGAUCCUGGCUCACAAAGUGUGUAGAUGAUGAAAAAUACCUUGGACGAUCCAGUUCUCUGUGUGCUACCUUCUUUUCAAAACUCAUUGGCACAACGUAA